CCUCCUUCCCCCGGGGUCCCCCACGCCCCCGGCAGUCCGUCUUCCCCGCCUACCCCCAUCCCCUGCAGCCGGCCCCAGCGUUGCUUAUCCCCGCCCGCCCGGAUCAGGAAGCGGCGGCCGGGGGCGAGGCGGGGCAGGCUCCCAGCGGCGAGCGAGGCGCAGCAGGGGCUGGAGCCGGCUCCCGGGGCGCGUCCCGAGCCGGGCAUGGCGCCGCCGGAGGAGCUCCGAGCGCGGCUGGCGGGGGCCGGCCAGUCCCACCUGCUGCGCUUCUGGGCCGAGCUGGCGCCGGCCGAGCGCGACUCGCUGCGGGCGGCCCUGGCGCUGCUGCCGGCGGAGGAGCUGGGCGCGCACUGCCGGCGGGCGGCGGCGGAGGCUCGGGCGGCGGAGCGGGGGCCCCCGGAGCGCUCGGGCCGCAGGAUGGAGCCGGUCCCGGCCGAGUUCCUGGGCAGCGUCAGCCGGAGCGAGCCGGCCACGCUGGCACGGUGGGAAGCGGAAGGUUUCCGUCAGAUCUCACAGAGCAAAGUGGCGGUGCUGCUCCUGGCUGGAGGGCAAGGGACCCGCCUGGGCGUGGCCUAUCCCAAGGGGAUGUACAGCGUGGGGCUGCCCAGUGGGAAGACCCUGUAUCAGAUCCAGGCAGAAAGAAUCCGCAAACUGGAGCAGCUUGCUGGCAAGAAAUACAGCACGACAUGUACCAUCCCAUGGUACAUCAUGACAAGCGAGUUUACACUAGGGCCAACAGAGACGUUCUUCAUAGAACACGAUUACUUUGACCUGGAUAAGACCAAUGUGAUCAUGUUUGAGCAGAGGAUGCUGCCAGCUGUAACGUUUGAUGGGAAAGCCAUCUUGGAACAGAAGGGGAAAGUUGCCAUGGCACCAGAUGGCAACGGCGGCUUAUAUCGUGCUCUAGUUGACAACAAGAUCUUGGAUGACAUGGAGCGGCGCGGUAUCCAGUAUAUCCAUGUGUACUGUGUGGACAAUAUCCUCGUCAAAAUGGCUGAUCCCGUCUUCAUCGGCUUCUGCGUGUCUAAAGGGGCAGACUGCGGUGCUAAGGUGGUGGAGAAGGCCUAUCCCACAGAGCCUGUCGGGGUAGUGUGCCGUGUGGACGGGGUCUAUCAGGUGGUGGAAUACAGCGAGAUCAGCCUAGAGACCGCCCAGAUGCGGAGUCCCGAUGGGCGGCUGGUGUACAGUGCCGGCAAUAUCUGCAAUCAUUUCUUCACGCUCGGCUUCCUCGAGACAGUGGCACAGAAAUUUGAGCCCCAGCUGAAGCAGCAUGUAGCCAUAAAGAAGGUGCCCUACGUCGACGAGGAGGGAAAUCUGGUAAAGCCGCUAAAGCCAAACGGGAUAAAGCUGGAGAAGUUUGUGUUUGAUGUGUUCCAGUUCUCUAAGAAUUUUGUUGCAUUUGAAGUUUUGAGGGAAGAGGAGUUCUCCCCUUUAAAAAAUGCAGACACAGCCGACACAGACACUCCGACCGCAGCUCGGCGGGCCCUCCUUUCUCAGCAUUACCGCUGGGCUCUGAAGGCUGGAGCCAGAUUCCUGGAUGAAAAUGGCAGCAGGAUACCAGAGAAACUCAAUUUAUCGGGAACUGAAGAUCCUCCUGCUGUGUGUGAGAUUUCUCCAUUAGUGUCUUAUUUUGGAGAGGGUCUGGAGGCACACAUGAAGAGCAAAGACUUCUAUUCGCCCUUUAUACUUGAUGAAAGCAAAAUAGAAAUGCUAGAAGAUGCUUGAAUGAAGAAAAAAUAAAAAUCUGGCCAUCAGCUCUAUGCUGGGAACAGACUCUGCUAAACCAUUGGCUUUGUUAUUAAUGAUAGAGAUAAUUGAUUGGGUAGCAAUUAAGCUGACAAAUAUAUAGAGACAUACUCUAAUUCUGUUUGCUAACUUUAAAGGCAGCAUCUUUACCUCAGCAUACGUGUAGGUUCAGGUAUGAAUGAAGUUAUAUUUGUGCUCUCAGUUACAAACAGAUUUUAUUUGUGCAUUUGAGCCUUUUCCUUUAUUUUAGAAGAGCCAUUGGGACCAAAUCCAUCUGCUUUGCAGUUUAACGGGUCUAAUUCUCCUCUCACUACUUCUUAUUCCCACUGACAUUAUUGGGAGUUGUGUGUGAAUAUGAAGAUUAAUCUGACACCCAGUUCUGUAAAGGGUUGAUCACGCUCAAGUCCCAUUCCACCUUGUAGGAUUGGGCCCUUUCUCCUGAAUAUCUAGUGGUUGUUGUUGUUUUUUACCUAAUCCUGCAAAGAUCCCAAUUCUGCAAUCGUUACUGAUGAACAGUGCUCACUCAAGGAGCCCAAAUGCACAGAAUUGGGGCUUACUUCAUUGGGGCUCUUGGUGUGAAGAAGUGUUCCUUAACAAAAGGGUUGCAGAAUUGGGAAUAAAAGGCUUGCAUGUCCAGGAGUCACCUCACCAACAAAAUAUGAAGGAGAUAUGCAGGUUAGAGGGAUUCUACCUGGCACGCUGCUACAUUUUAAGGUGUGAUCUAGUCUUUAAAAAUCAGUAUAAAAAUGUUUUUACAACAUCCUUCCACUUCUUUUGUCCUGAGGUGAACUUUUUUCCAUUUUGCUUUAUAGCAUAUCUCUAAUGUUUGGACUUUAUCUAAGUGCCUUAAAACAAUAAUUGGAACAAAUCCAGGUGGUAGAGAAAACUAUUAAAUCCAAAGAGCAAGAACUAUUUACUCCCAGCAUAAACUAUGUAAGCAAUAAAACAGCAAUAAUAUGCCUUCACAACCGAGUGGAAGGGUACAUGUCCAGUACUCCUGCCUCCCUUGAAGUGUUGUAUUCCUCUGAUUGUCACAACUUCCUUCUUAAAGUUAUCUUUAAAUAAUAUUUAGCGAAAAGUGCAAGAUUGAGAACCUGGGUUAACAGAGCAUGGGUAGCAAACUGCACCUCAAGCUUGACCUAGAAGAACCACCUGUAAGGAUGAGGUGGAAGUGCCUUCUCCUUGGAUGCUGCACUCUUUGACACUGUUGUGCUUUGUGAUGUGGAAUACUAAUCCACUGAAAUCUGCACUGAGAUCACCAAAGUCAUUUCAUAGUUAUAAAAAUAUACUGAGAGUCUAUUGACCAAAUACUGCAUUUGCAGAUGCAGUUCUACAGGUAUCUUCACGGUCAGAAACUUGUCACCUAAAGUCCUUUCUCCCCGCCCCCAAUAACAGCCAUUUUAUAAAGCU